GGUGGUGGACGAUGAUCCAAAGAAUGGAAGAGCAUGCGCGUGUGGGAGUAGUACCUUAUUCGUCGUAGAGCUCCCGCCAAGGCUUUCUGUUAACUACGAACUGCCGAUGGAAAAGGUUCCUUGCUAUGUGUCAACAUUUUUCACUUGCUAUGUGUCAAUCGAUGAUUCCAUAUUUCUCUUACGGAAAUUAAUCAUACGUGAAGAUUUCAUCAAAUUUUCAACGAUCUUUCAAUCAUCUCGCAAGUGAUAUUCCCACGUAUUUUCUCUUUACGAAUAUUAUAAUAAUUCAUUUUAUACAAAGAUAACUUCUUUGGAGACUCUUUGGAGAUGAUAAUGUGUUAUUUGUGAUGUGAAUGUUUACGACAGAAAGAAGAUUCAAACGAUGGAUCGCGUGUUUCUUGAUUCUUACAAGUGAGAGACCGAAGAGAAUAUGACGAAGACGUGAUAAAACGAAAAAUAUCGAAGGAGAAGAAUAAGUGAGAGGUUAGGUCGAUGUAAUAUCAUUAAAAGUGACUAACAUCGUGAAUGAAUAUCAUAGCCACGUGGUUAAGUGAGGAAGUGGCACGUGGGAAAAUUUCGUUGAAAUACUCGCGUUUCUCUCUCCGUUUUUUUGUCUUUCUAGCAUUCAAAAAUGUUGUUGGAAUUUCGUUUUGCUAUUUCUCGUUUGGCUCAUCGAUACGAAGUGAAGAUUGCAGAUUACGGAAGAAGAUAUGCUCGAGUGAUUAGUGCAUGUUUGAUUAUCGCGUGCGAAUAAUUAAAAAAAAAAAAAGAAGUUUUCUGUGAGAGGAGGAAUUUGAAUUAUAGAGCGUAUGAUGAUUCGAGUAGAGAACAAAAUGAAAAGAAUGUAAGAGUAAGUUGGGAAGACGAGUAUCCAAUAAUUGGAUCAGACGAACGAUAAGUAGAACGAUACUUGGACAGAAACGGCGAGCUGUGUAGAGAGAACCAACGAAGGAAACUCCAUAAGUAUUCGCAAACGUACUUCAAGCCACAAAUCUACUGGGAAACAUUCGUAUCAUGGUUUAACAGUAGUGAAUACAUUUCGAAAGAGAAACCGAGAAAAGUUUGAUAAGUAGCGUUAGCGUUUCCGAUGGCAGGAAUAAUUAAUUUGCGCUAAUUAGCGUCCUAAGGACAAAGAGAGCAAAAGGGAGGAUUACCGAAAGAAACAAGGGAAAGAGAGGGAAAAAGAGAACGAUCGAGAACAAGCGACAAAGAAAAGUCCAGUUUCAAUUUUAGCAACCGUUACAACGAGAAAACGAAGAUUUUCGCAGUAAAAAGAGAAAGAAGAAAAAGGAGAAAAAGAAAAGGAAUUUUGCAAUCGUUGUAGGGGGUAAAAAUACACGAGCGUGUAUAAGAGUUUUUGUAGGAGGGACAGCUGUGAUGGAAAAUUAAGUAGUUUCAAUUAACAAGGAAGAUUAGAAAUUACGUCGGGAUGUCGUAAAGAUCUCCUCUUUCAGGGAAGAAAGUAAAAAUAAAAAAAGCAAAGAGAGAGAGAAAAGUGGCCGUAAUAGAAAAGUUAAAAUUGCAAAUCCUAGGAGUUUCAUCGUCCUAGGUAAAAUUACAGAAGAGGGAAAACCUUAAUAAAGAAUCCAAUAAGUUCAAUUACUACUUGGAUUAUAAAUUACGAGAAAAGAGGAACGGUGCUCCGAGGUCAGCUUCUUCUUCUUCUUCUUUUUUUUUUCUCUCUUUGAAAGACAAUCGGUCCGCGCGAAAGCGCCGUAGAUUUUUCUCCGGACAAAUGUCAAGUGAACGAUGAACCACUCGAGGGUGCAGGUGCGCAAGUGGGCCGCCACUUCGGUAGGUGAAUCGUGCUCCAGGUGCGGAAAGUGUCUGACUAAAAUGCAGCUGGUACUACUGGCGGUGCUACUCUACUCCUCACCGACGACAGGGCAAGAACCAAAAAUAGUGAGACUGGACGUGCCAAUGUUUGCGGACCCAAGAUGGGAAGAAGUCACCUUGCAAUGCGAAUACGAUCUAGGUGGUAAGGAUCUUUAUUCAGUGAAAUGGUUCAAGGAUGGAGUCGAAUUCUUCAGAUUUAUGCCGAGUUCAGAGCCAGUUAGCGAAUAUUUUCACGUCGAAGGCAUCGUCGUGGAUAUUGCUCAGAGCAAUGGACGACAAGUGAAAUUACUGGGACAAUCGAACAAUCGCAGAGAAAAAAUAAAUCUUACCGGAUCUUAUGGAUGCGAGGUGUCUUCGGAGGCUCCGAGUUUUCGUAUGACAUAUGCCGAGGCAAAUAUGAGCGUCGCAGUGCUACCGACAAAACCGCCUGUUCUUGACGGCUUUCGACCUUAUUAUAAGAUCGGUGAGGUCCUGGAAGCUGCGUGCACAUCUGCGUUGAGUUACCCACGAGCAGUGCUAACCUUUAUUCUGAAUGGCAAAGAGGUAGACAGAGCGAUAACGACGGAUUUACCAACUACUGGACACAACGAAGAAAUCCUGAUAUCAGUCUCACAAUUGAGUUUCUCUUUGCGUUUGGAACGGCAACACUUUCCUGGAGGAACUCUCCACUUGGUCUGUCAAUCUUCUUUACCAGACAUACCCAACGUACGAGCAUUCAAGACAGAAAAAACUGCCACGUUAGCGGCGAGUAAUGAAAGACUCGCUCAAGAAGCCCCGAAGUCGGCUUCGAGUUCAAUUCUCGUCCCUUCGUUCACAAUGCUAUUGUGCUUCUUGCGAAUUAGUUGGAAUUAGCUUGAUUGGUCGAUCGAUCGAUCGAGCUUGGCACUGUGAGUUCCAAGAUUGAAAGAUCUUUCAUGAUCGAUCCAUGUCUCUACCGUGAUAACUCUCGUUUGUGUCUAAUAUCGCGCUAAUCAAAAUCGAAUUCACGAUGCUUCUUGUUCUUAGUAAUCGUCGCGAAUAUAAUAAUAUUCUCUAUUAAAAUUAGUGAACCGAAUGGAAAUGUUUUUUAUUUUUAAGGUCGUACGUUUGAUUGGUUCUCUACACAAAUACGCUAUCGUGGAAACAAAAAUUAAAUAAAAAUAAAAAGAAAAAAAAAAAAAGGAUAUAACAAGAAAUCCAAUUACGGAGAAACGUCAAAAUUAUGCGACUCGUUAAAAAUAACUUACGGAAGAGUCAUUAUUUUGUAAUAUUUAUUUAUUCGUUUUGAUAUAAUCUGAGGCUAAUUAUUUGUACGCACGAACACACAAUACGACGAUAAUUCGUUAAUCACGGACCAAGCAAUACGAGAUUCAGGAAUAUUCAUUCAAUGUGCCAAAGGCAUACGUUAAAUCAAAUUUUUGAUGUUUCUCUAUACUUCCUCGUGCCGCGAAAGCAAAUUGUAAUAAAUGCUAUUCUGAUUUAUCUGCCGAUACUUUUUCAUUUCUGCGUGUUCGACCUUAGCUAGAGAAAUGAUGUGUUUAUAUCGGAAUUUUUCAAGGUUAUCGCAUCGCACGUACCUAUACGCUCAUAUUACAUAUAUUAUAUAUUAAAUAUACAAAUACAUACAGAUACAUAUGCACAUAUACACAUCGCAUACACGUUAUCGCACACGUAUGAAUAUAAAGGCGAAAAGAAAUAAAUAAGUCGAGAAUUACAAGAACGUUGUUGUAAAUAGUGUACGAUUGUGCGUAUAGAUUUAUCGAUAAUCGCGUUGAAACGAAAGUCGGAGAAAGUGAAUUAGAGGAACAAUGAAAGUAAUUAAAAGCAAAACUUAAAAAGGAAAAAAG